UGCCUGGUGAAUCUUCACUGUCAGCCUCUGAAGGCUGUGAUCGACUCUUCAGGUCUGCUUUCAAGAUGGCGCCGCUCGCAUCUUCCACACGUGAAUUGUUCAGUGAGGCAGUUCGGGCUGUUUUGGAAACGUGGCCGGUGCUGCAAAUCGCGGUCGAUAAUGGUUUUGGUGGAGCUUAUAGUCAGCAGAAAGCGGAGUGGAUGGUGGACGCGCUGCAGCAGUAUUUCAUCGACAACGAUGAGCUGCAGCAGGAUGAAGUGGAGGAUUUCAUCUCAGAGCUGAUGAACAAUGAAUUCGACACUGUGGUGGAUGAUGGCAGCUUGCCUCAGGUGGCACAGAAGGUGUGUGUGAUGUUCCAGCAGUGUCAGCAGGGCAAACUGACGGAGGUCAGAGAGCAGAUCAACCAGCUCGUUGAGAAGAAGAGCGCUGGGAGGGCAAAGGCCACACCUGCCAAAACACCUGAUGAUGAUGAUGAUGAGUGUGAAGAUGAAGAGGCUAUGGAGUGUGAUGGAGGUGCAGAAGGACCUUCAGUGAACGGCGCAGCAGUGAAGGAGCAGCUUCCACCGGCCACGAGUCACGAGGAACAGGAUGACGGAUGGACGGUUGUACGCAGAAAGAAGUAGCAGGACUUAAAAGUAUUAGGACUGAUGAAUUUCUUAAUUUAAAACACAUUUUAAGGACUUCUUCUACUGUGGAUACUUAUGUAUUUGCAACCGCAACAAACUUACAAAACCUAUAUGUUACAUCUGACUAAUGUUUAAACACCUGUGCAGAUCAAAACAGAUGGAUUACUUCACUGGACCUCUUGGGGUUUCUUUCAUAAAUGAUUAGUUAUAAGACAUUAUGACUAUAGUCCAGUGAUUUUCAUUUGCAUAUGUUUUGUAACUGGUAUGCUUUUGUGCAUAUACAAAUAUGUAUAUAAAUUUCUAUGGUCUAGUUAUUUGCUACAACUCUGAAUUUUCUCUUUGACUUGCUGUGUAUAUCCUUAUUUAUAAUUUGCAGGUUAAUGCAUGAAAUGGUCCUUUAUCGCCCCCUUCUGUCACUGCAGUAUUACUGCAACAGUAAAAUGAAGUGCUGGAUUUUA